AAUUUAUUUGUUCCAGAAGUGUUCCCCCGAGUUUCGUCCACAGUGGUCCAUUCCGAGUAGAACCCGGAAACCGGUUGAAGACAGCCGCCAACCGCGCCGCGUUUGACUCGACGGGAACCGCCUGAAAGUAAAAAGUGACAGUGUUCCAAGAUGAGCGUUGCCAGGACACUUGGCGCAGGGGACGACGCCAGUCGGGGUCCCACCUACACGGUGCCAUGUGAUGACUACGUUCACGUAGUGGAGUUUAGCCCCUUCACGUCAGGCACACCCGCCUCACUGCUGGCCUACGGCUGCAACCAGUACGUGGUGGUGGGCACCUGUCUCUUCCAGGAGGAAAACACGAACAUGGAGGGAGUCGAGUUCAAUGUCCUGCGUGUGUUCCAUCACGAUUCACGAGUAGACACGCUCGCCUGGAGCCCUGAGUCCCGCCUGGACAGGAUUCCCACAAUCAGAUUUUGCACGGCCGCCCCCGACAGAAAAAUCUCCCUGUUGACGUCGGACCUUCAGGAUCGACACGAGGUCAAGGUGAUGGAGGGCCACAGCAGCUACGUGAACCAUUUGGUGUUUGAGCCCACCGAAGGGAAACAAAUCGCUUCCGUCAGCGAUGACCACACUUGCAGGGUGUGGGACCUGGAUGGAAACGAGAGCGCCAUUUUCAGACUCCGCUCUCCUGGCAUCAGUGUGUGCUGGCACCCGGAGGAAGUCUUCAAGCUGAUGGUGGCGGAGAAGAAAGGCACCAUCCGCUUCUACGAUCUGGUGAGCCAGCAGGCCAUCUUGUCGCUGGAUUGUGGCCAAUCGCCACUCAGCGCCGCCGACUGGUGCCUGGCCAACACCAUCAAAGUGGGCGCAGUGGCGGGCAGCGACUGGCUCAUCUGGGACAUCACCCGCUCCAGCUACCCCCAGGAAAAAAGGCCGGCGCAUCGAGAUAAAGCCCAGCAAUUCAAGUGGUCUCGAGCCCAAGAGAACCUUUUCGCUACCACCGGAUGUCCCGGAAAGGUCAGCAGUCAGCUGCUGAUCCACCAUCUCGGCCACCCGCAGCCGGUGACAGUGGGUUCAGUGCCGGUAGGCUCGGGCCUCAGCUGGCACCGCACGCUCCCGCUCUGCGUGAUCGGCGGCGACCGAAAACUUUGCUUCUGGGUGACGGAGAUGUAGCGUGUAGCACAUGUUCUCGCCUGUGCUCCUGUUCUUGUGGUGGGUUCAAUAAAAUAUUUUUUCUGAGUA